UGUCUACACUGACCAAUAGGAUCACACCGAGGCUGCAGUCUCUCACCGUUACACACCCACAUUACUUUUGUGUUAACCACUUCGCGGGAGUUGUCGCUUCAGAAAUACGCAUUCCGUUGAUCCUAUUCUCACACAGAAGUCAAGGUUUGAAGGGCAACCAUGUCUGACAGAAAGCCAGUGAUCAAAAAUGCUGACAUGUCGGAGGACAUGCAGCAGGACGCCGUGGAGUGUGCCACGCAGGCCUUGGAGAAGUACAACAUUGAGAAAGAUAUUGCUGCAUAUAUCAAAAAGGAGUUUGACAAGAAGUAUAACCCGACAUGGCACUGCAUCGUUGGGAGGAACUUUGGCAGCUACGUAACUCAUGAGACCAAGCAUUUUAUUUACUUCUACCUGGGUCAGGUGGCCAUUCUGCUGUUCAAGUCCGGCUAAGGGAAAGCGUUUCUUUUCCUGAUCCCAGGUGACCAUACAGUACUAACGGACUCGACUAAAGGCACUCAUCAUUCCUUGGCAAGGGGCCGCUGCCUUUUUCUGUGCUGCAUUCUACUUUAUUUUUGAAGAUAAAAACCGUGGCCAUGUUCAAAGAUAUAACACUUGUAUUUAUUUUUGUCUCGUUCAACUAGAUGCAUCCGUUUUUUAUUAAAGCGUGGCUGUCAAGCUGUCUGUGUUCCAA